GGCAUCUUCAUAGUUAUUAAAUCGCGCCUUCAUUGUAGUCAAGUUAAAUUCAUUGAGGUGUGGGCUGAAAGUUUUGUUGCUGUUAAAUAUUAUUUAUCAAAUAUUUUGGAACGCAUAUUUAGCAAAUUACAUAUGUACACUACUAAGCCAACACAGGAGAUAAAAUUUCUAAGAUAUGAGAAUUAAAUAAGAGGCUGUAAAAAGUAUUUCCGUAAAGUGAAAUAUGAAAAAUAUUGACUGCUGCCGUGAAAUAUCUUUGGUAAUAUAAAUUUACGGAAAGAAUUCUUGCCACUUUGAAGUGAUUUUCGUUAAAAGUUAAAUAGCCUAACUUUCCAUAAAAGCCUUAAAUCAUUUUACACCUUCUAAAAUGGAAUUGGAAUCAAGUAUAGCUAUACUGCAGGAUCUGCGCUUGCAAACAUUCGAUUCCAUACGUUUUGCUUCUUACCGCACGGCCUCCAAAUUGCGUUACAUACAAAAAUCGACAAAUUUACACUUGGUCGAUAUAUGGAAUGUAAUUGAAGCAUUCCGUGAGAAUGGCUUAAAUACAUUAGAGCCGCAGAGUGAAGUGAGCGUAGCACGUUUAGAGACGCUCGUUUCAUCACUCUAUCAUAACCUCAAUAAACGUCUUCCCACGGCACAGCAAGUUCCCGUUGAUUCAAAGGCAGGUCUAUUGCUCAACUGGUUAUUGGCGGCGUAUACAAGCGAUAAUUCGGGUAAAAUUCGUGUAUUCUCAAUUAAGGUGGCUUUGGCGACUAUGUGCUCUGGCAAACUGGUGGAUAAAUUGAGAUAUAUUUUUUCGCAAAUAUCCGAUGGCGCUGGUCAAUUGGUACCUUGGAAACUUGGCGAAUUUUUACGUGAAGUAUUGGCACUGCCAGCAGCCGUCUAUGAAUCGCCAACAUUCCAUUAUAAAGACGGCUUGGAGGAGGAGAUAUUUCCAGCUGAGAAUAAAGUCACGGUGAAUGAUUUCAUGGCAACACUUAUGUCUGAACCGGGUCCAUCGUGUCUUGUUUGGUUGCCGCUGUUGCAUCGUUUGGCCACUGUUGAAACAAUUGUACAUCCGACAAUCUGUUCGGUAUGUCAUAAGGAGAAUUUUACGGGAUUUCGUUAUCGUUGUCAGCGGUGCCACGCCUACCAAUUAUGUCAAGAGUGUUUUUGGCACGGCAAGACAUCACUGAAUCAUCAAAAUGAUCACGAAGUCAAAGAGUAUUCCAGUUAUAAAUCACCCAGUAAACAGAUCGGCCAUUCGCUGCGUAAAAGCUUCCGAUGUGUGCCCGAGAAGACGACACAGGUGUUGCCACGAUUCCCCGAACAUCCGGAAAAGACAUUGAAUCUCUCACAUAUUGUACCGCCAUCGCCAUUGCCGUCACACAAUGGUUUCACCGAUCCGCCACUGAUGCAUGGCGGUGUGCCCGGUGGCGCACAUAGCGGUGGCCUGUUGUACGAUCGCUCCAGUACGCUGGAUUCACGUGCUACUGGACGCAGUCUUGACAGUGCCACCGGUGCGAGUAUGUCACGUAUGGCCACCUCGUCGGCCAACGAUGAGGAGCAUCGUUUAAUUGCUCGCUAUGCCGCACGUCUUGCCCAAGAGAAUCGCGCGCCAGCCAAUCCUGGCAAUACCGAUAAUGCUGGCAGCAUCGGUUCGGAUAAUUCACGUGCGCAGCGCGAACUUAUCGCUCAACUGGAAUCUAAAAAUAAAGAGAUAAUGCGUGAAAUAGCACGACUACGUCGCCAGCAGGAAGUCGAACAAAUUACGCCCGAAAAUCCAGCGCUUAUAAAUGAGUUACGUGCACUGCGCCAGCGCAAGGGUGAACUCGAAGGACACUUGGGCGCCUUGCAAGAUUCGCGACGCCAAUUAAUGGAACAAUUGGAGGGUCUGAUGCGCAUGCUGAAGAAUCAGCAAACCACCUCACCACGUUCCACACCUAAUUCCAGUCCACGUUCAGGCAAAUCUCCACCCAUGCCGGCUGGCAUGGCAGGAGUGGGUGUUAAUUCAAUGAAUAUAACAGGCAUGCAUUCACAACAAGGCCAACAACCAACAACACAUUCUCUUAUGGGCAUGGCUGGUGGUGGCGGUGGCAUCGGCGGCGGUGGCGGUGGUGGUGGUCGUGCAACACAACAGCAAUUAUUACAAGGUGCACAACAACAGCAGCAACAGUCCUUUAAUACAAGUCAGCUGGAGCAACUAAGUCAAAUAAGCAAUGAAGUGCGUUCAGCAUUUACAGGCAAUGCAGCGAGCUCAACCUUCAUGCAUAAUCCAAUAGCUGAGAUAAAUGACGCUGCUGAUAAUAUAACAUCGGCACUUUCGAAUUUAGUUAACGAUUUGAAUGCAGAGCCAACAGCGUUAUCAAUGCAAGCUCGCUUCAUUAUGCCGCUUGCUAUGCGUCACGUUGUGGGUGGCGAAUCGUCCACAUCACAAGCCGAUGACGUGAAGUCGCAAAGUAUGGCGCCACCAUCACCAGCGCAAGACAACGAAGAUGUUGAGGCGGAGGAACGUCGUUUAUUCGAGGAAGUCUUCCAAACCGAUGAGGAGUACAAAUGGUUUGAGGAAUGCGAGCGUCGUACACACACUCAACGCAGUGUUAUGUGUUACAAAGAUUAUCCAGAGUUAUUGAUUGACGACGAGCAUGUUGGCUUUCCAGCGCUACACGAAAUCGGCGAGACAAUCGAUGAAUUGCAGUUGAUUAUGCAUGCGUUAAUUAUGAAAUAUAGUAUGAGCUUGUAAAGAAGUUGACGAAAAGUUGAAGUUGAAAAAAGCUUAAAAUACUCAAUAUUCAGGCAGCUAAGAGGAAUUGUUGAAGGUACAUACAGUGUGUAGAAUGGAGGCUAACAACAGUAGUAGUUAUAAACAAAAUAGUAGAGAAUUUUGCAUUUUCACAUACAGCACAUAUUUGUACUUACUUCAUAGCCAGACGAGAAACAGAGAGACUUUCACUUCAAUCUAGAGCAUAUAUUUCAUGGAUAUAUUUUUUUUUAAUUCA